AUGCAGAUGAUCACCGCUGCCCUUUCGCACGUGCUGCUGCCCGUACUGGCGGCUGCUUGUUCCAGGCCUCCCUCUGAGCAUGCGCCCUUUUGUCACCGAUUUUCGGAUCAGCGGGGCAUCGCACAUGACUUCGCCUUUCCGGAUACCUGUGUGCAGCCAACACAGCAAUGGGUGCUCGAUUCAUCGUGGGUUCCUGCAUCGACAUCGACGCUCUCCAGCUCGUCUACUAUAAAAGACAGCCUACCACUCCGGCCGCUCUGUGGGCUUGGUGGCUGCGCCACGACGGUGGCGCCUAAUCCACUGGUUUUCGCCAUGCAGGUUGGUACAAGGCACAGCCUUUUUGCAAAGAGGUGUAGCGACUAUUGUCUGGUGCAGCUUCCGAGCCCACAUUGCUGCCUUGCUCUUAUUGGUGAAUGUGUAGGAGUGAUUCGCCGCUUACUAAUACUCUCUGGCGACAUUGAAACUAACCCGGGACCCGACACGAACGAUGUACUGAAAGAAUUGCAAAAGAUUUCAGCCAGUCAAAACACACUAAUCAGUGAGGUUCAAGGCUUAAAAAGUCAGAUUGUAAAUACCGAUAAGAUUCUAAUGGACUUGAACAAACGAAUGACCGAACUGGAACAUCAUUACCAGGCCAUGAUACCCCUUCAAAAUGAAUUAGAAGCUGUCAAAUGUGCCUCUGCUCAAACUGCCAGCCUUGUAUCCGUCAUUGAAAAUCGCCUAGACGAUGCAGACAACCGGUCCCGAAGGAAUAAUUUAAUUUUCUAUGGUCUUCCUGAUACUAACCCCAAAGAAACCUUCGCACAAUCAGAAAAGCUGGUCAUUGAUGAAAUCGCGGAUACCAUGAAGGUUAACCUUGAGUCCAAAGAUAUCGAACGUGCUCAUCGCCUUGGUCGCUAUUCACCUAACCGGCACCGUCCCAUCAUUAUCAAAUUCGCAUCAUAUAAAACGAAAGAAUCAGUCCUGUCUAACGGCCGCAAACUGAAAGGCACAAAUCAUAGCGUGAGCGAAGAUUUUUCACCUGCAGUUCGGAACGCCCGCAAACAUCUUAUUGCCUACGCUAAAAGUCAAUCUAUGCCCUUUUCCAUGCGUUUCAAGACGCUCGUCAUGGGUUCCCAGCGCUAUGAAUAUGACGAAUCAACUAAAUCAGUAAAAAAGAUUCAAUAGCAACCAUUGCGCAAAAAACAUGCAGUUAAUAACCGCCCUUCCCCCCCUAGGAAGAACCUUUCCUUAUCUGUUGUUUAUACUAAUGCCCGCAGUUUCAUUCCCAAACGUGACGCAAUAUCAAAUCUCGUGACGUCAUCUAACAGCAACUUGCUAGUUCUAACGGAAACGUGGCUCACAAGUGAAAUUAGGGACGAAGAAGUAGUCCAAGACUUGCCAAACUUUGAUGUUUAUCGCUGUGACCGUCAAGGUGCACGCGGGGGUGGAGUUCUUAUCGCUUCCAGUAAUGAAUUAUCCUGUACGCCAAUUACUAUCUCUUCCAACUUAGAAAUACUAUGGCUUCUUAUUCGCUCUUCCCCUCGUUGUGUCAUUCUAGGCGUGUGCUACAGGCCACCUACCAGUAAUCCAAACUUCUCACCAGAACUUAACAGUGCUUUAUGUCAGAUUACAGCAAGCCAUCCUAACGCUCAUAUACUCCUGUUCGGUGACUUCAACUUCCCCAUUAUUGAUUGGAAUAACCUGACUUCCGCAAUAAACAACGCAGAAGCGAAAGACUUUGUCGACAUAUGUUUGAAUUUUAACUUAACGCAACUUAUCUCAGAGCCGACACGUGUAACGCGCGACUGCGCAAACAUUUUGGAUCUUAUACUUACUAACCAUCCAGAAACCUUAUCAUCGGUUACCUAUCUUCGUCCUAUCAGUGACCACAGUGUGA